UCUAGUCAUAUUAAUGAACUAACGAUAACUCCACUAUUUUCAGCGAAUGUGGAAGCAGUAAUCGGACAUUCUGUGAAGGUUCCCUGCAACAUUCCAACUCCACUAUCUGCGGGUGAAGCGUCUCUCAUACUGUGGUACCGCCAGGGUGAACCCAAUCCAAUCUACACCUUGGACGUACGAAACAAACCGGCUGUGCAUUUCCCUGCGUCCAACAGAACAUCCUUCAAUAUCGACACCCACCCACCAGUACUGGUCAUCCAGUCCGUGAACCCAGAAGACGAGGGGUAUUACAAGUGCAGGGUGGACUUGAAAAAGUCAAGAACUCUUAUACUACACAGCAGGUUGAAAAUCAUAGUUCCCCCUGGAGAACCCAUGCUGAUGGAUGAGUACGGACAGAGACUGUACGGAAUUGUGGGUCCUUACGACGAAGGAGCGUGGGUCACUCUCGUCUGUGAAGUGGAUGGAGGUAAUCCUCUACCAUCUGUCACGUGGUGGAAAGGAGAUGUUUUAUUGGACGACAGUUAUGAGGACACUGACCAGGGAUUCGUGAGAAACGAGAUGGUCGUGGACAGGAUAGAACGCAAGGACUGGAUGACCAACUACACUUGCAAAGCUUCCAACACAAUUGCAACAACACCCAAAUCAGCUUCCAUAAAACUGGACAUGAAUCUGGCUCCUCAAGAAGUGAAAAUAAUUCUUCCAGAAAAAUUCAUCAGGGCUGGCGAAGAGCAAGGAGUCGUCUGCCAGACGAGAGGAUCGAGACCUCGGGCACUCACAUCCUGGUGGAUCGACGGGAAGAAACUGGAAGGGAGCUCCGAACUUUUGGCCGACGACGGUAACGUAACGUUGAGCGCACUUCACUUCACUCCCACGUGGGCUGACAACGGCCGGUUGCUGGUGUGUCGAGCUACUAACCCUGCCCUUCCGAAAAAGUUGAUGGAAACAGAAACGACUUUAGAUGUGCAAUUUUUGCCACGUCUCAACCUGACUCUUGGCCACGUGUUGAGCAUCAGGGAAGGUUCGAAUGUCUACCUGGAGUGUAGAGUGGAAUCGAAUCCCCCCAUCCUCAACAUGACUUGGAGAUUUGAGAAUCGUUCCCUAACAUUCUACAGAAGUAUUGGUUUCGUUAUUCUUAACAGAACGCUUCUGCUGCAAAAGGUGAGGCGAGCUCAUUCCGGCAACUACACAUGCCAUGCCCACAAUGACGUAGGAGAAGGAUCCAGCAAUCCACUGCAUAUUCGAGUCCAAUAUGCUCCAAUUUGCAAGCAUUCAGAAAUGAAAAUGUACGGCGUCUCUCCAUCAGAAACAGUUCAUUUGAGCUGUGACUUAUUGUCUGAUCCGGCCACCACUGAAUAUCGAUGGUCACUGAAUAAUACUUCUGAUGUCCCUAUAGACUGGAUGAAUGGAUCGACGCUUCUUUACUCAGCUGAAAAUGGCUUCGGAAUGGUUAAGUGCUGGGGUGCGAACAGAAUUGGAACACAAAAAUCUCCCUGUCUGUUUAUGAUUGUACCUGCAGCUAAUCCAGAAGUACCCCAGGACUGCGAUAUAAAAAACCAAACAUCUUUUUUCAUGACUAUCGAAUGCAAGUCCGGUUAUGAUGGUGGCUUACCCCAACUUUUUCAUUUAGAAAUAUACGAUUCUAACAGCGAACGUCUCAUAAGAAACCAGACAGUGGCUGGAAGUCCGGCAUUUCAGACAUAUUUAAAUGCAGCUCAUGCACCCGUGUCGGAUUCACAAGUUCAUACAUGA